GAAGGCAACGCCUGGAGGGCCCAGCUCACGAGCAGCCGGCCUCCAGCAGAGCUCCAAAGCGACGUGGAGUACCUCGUUACCCAGGCUGGUACCUUCGUCGCCAGUGGUGUUGCGCAGCCCAGCUUCACAGCCUCCGGAAGCCACUAUGAGGCUUCCCUGCAGAUGACGCUGCCAACCUCCUU